AGCCUACCGUAGCCAUGCAGACAAUGUGAAACCCAAGCUUCUGCAUACAAGAUACGAAGGCAUGUCAGGCAUGGAUGAGGUGACUCUGGUAGCCAUGGCCGGUGUUGUAUGGGGCACCAUCUAUGGAUUGCUACAAUACAUGAUGCCGCGGCAGUCGAGUGAAUGGAACUGUAGGGUGCUGACAGUGAUGCACGCUGCUGCUUCCAUACUGCUGUCUGCCUGGUGUGUCUUCAUACAGGGACCAUGGCCAUUCACAAGUCCAGGUACUCCAAACACGGCCUUACAAGUGAUAACCAUGGGCAACAGCAUAGGAUACUUUCUGUUUGACAUCUGCUGGUGUGUUGUGUUGGGGUCAGAAGGACUGGUGAUGCUGUGUCAUCAUCUUGUCAGUAUUCUUGGUUUGUCGUGGUGCCUCUACAUCGGAGAGUCCGGCAUCGAGAUGGUGGCGACACUGUUCGGUGCGGAGCUCACGAACCCGAUGCUGCAGUACCGCUGGUUCCUCAGAGAGACCGGCCGCACGAAAUCACGCAUAUACGAGAUCAAUAACCUCGCAUUCGUGCUGUCGUUCGCCAUCCUGCGCAGCGGAUUCGGAACAUGGCUGCUGUGCACGCAUCUGACUAAUGACAAGCCGCGCAUGUCCGUCAAGUGCGGCGCCACGUCGUUUUACAUGAUAUCGCAGAUAUUUGUGAUUAAGAUCGGCGUGUACGCGCUUCGCAAGUAUCGAGUGAAGUUCAGGCUUCACUUGUGUGAACGGAAUCAGAGGAAGCUGUCAAGGAACUGUGACUGCCCGACAGUGAGUGCAAAAGAGGAGUGAGGAUCUAUUACUACCUCUUAGCAGACCAGGAUACAAUCUCUCUGUACACUGGCUAAACUUUACAUUUUUACAAAUGUCAACGUGUGUAUAGAGACUUAACGACCUUUCCAGAGUUGAGUGAAUCAUCUGUACACAGGCGUUUGUAUUAUUCAAAAGAAGAAGAGAAAUAACAAAUGCCGCGGAGCGACAGCG